AUGACGUGCGUGCGGUCGGGAGGAAGGAGGCGGCAACGUGAAAAAGAAGACGAAGAAGAAGAACAGCAAAGGUCAGCAAACUGGUUUUUACGUGAACCCACGGUAUUUCCGUUUCGAGACGAGAUGGAUGCGCACACAUUUGCAUUGCACAGCGUCUCCACUGUCAACGGGUGCUCCCGUGGGCUAGCCCUGUUUGGCAGGAGGAGUCCAUCAGACAUGAAUGCACCUGGCCAGAAGCAACGGGCUGCAGGGAGAAACUAUGGGAAUAUGGCGGGUUUGCGGGAUGAGCGUUUAUUGCGCGAAUGGCAGGGCGGGCGGCGGGCUGCAGAUGACGAAAUAGUCGGAGGGGGCAUACAUGCAGUACAGUCACGGCGUGGAGGUGCGGGCAGAGAGCAUUUUCUUUUACCUGAUGGGUUCCACCACUGGAUCAAGGACGAAUGGAAAUGA